AUGCCGCCGCGCAAGCGCGCCGCGAGCGCACCGAGCGAACCAACCUCCCCCGUCGCCGCCCAUCGCACGACGACGUCUCUCGACGUCCCUUCGCGCGUCGGCGCGCCCUCGCCCGCGCCCAACGCCGAGGAUGCGACGCCCGAGAGCACCGAAGCACAGUUUGAGCUGAUUCAAGAGCUCACGCAAGAAUUGCGCGAAAACGUCGCGCAGCUCGUCGAAGAGGGAACGAAGACGAGCGAUGCGCGUAAACCUACCGUAGAGACGUGCAUGAAGACGCUCGCGAGCGUGCGAACGGCGCAGAGGCGAGCGUUGAUGGGACUGGAAUACCUCAAGGCGGGGACGCGGCGGCGGGACAAGGAAACGGACCCGGCGCGAGUGCGCGCGGCGACGGUGGCGUACGAGACAGCGUGGCGAGAGAGCGCGCUGAAGCGACACGCGGAUGCAGAGGGAAGUGGUGGGGGAGUGAGCGCGGGAGGGAUCGAGUUGAUGGAAUUGAAGGAGUACGAGGCGGACGCCAAGAGACGCGGUUUGCCGACGAAGAAGCCGCGGGACGAAUACGAACUGAUGACGCGACGGUUAGCGCACGAGCUCAUCGUGCGGAGGGAGAUGGUAGAGGAACAAAACGCGUUGAAAGCGGAGUUAGCGGCGUUACAACAACAGGUAGCGGAGAAGAAGAAGCUGUUGGGGGGGAGUUUAGAGGCGACGAUGACGAAUGUGCGCAAAUCUGCCGAACCGUUGAGGCGAAUGUUUGAUCUCGCGUACGCGAGCACGGAAGAUCUCGACGCGCGGAUCGGACUACUUCCAGUGCCGUUGCACGUGCUGUACGCGCAGUUGAAGCACUUGCAGCAGAACGAAGAGGAAAUCAAAGUCGAACUGGUGGGGAGAAUCGACGACGCGCAAAAUUUCAAGCAGAAAAAGGCAAGCGAAGAGGAGGGCGAACUCGUGGACGAAGGUGCUGAGAAUAAUCGUAGAAGCAAAAAGCGGAAAGCGAGGGGCGGGCGGCAAGCGGCGAGUGCGUCGUCGUCGUUAUAUGAGGAACAUCCACUCCGAGUCGAGGUCGGCUUUGGUGCUACGAAAGUUUUCUUCACCUAUCUCACGAAAUUACACGUCGUCGUCGUGUCAUCGAAACCGGAAGAUGAGAAAUUUCUCGGAGAAUUGUUUCCAGAUGACGACGGGUCUGAGAUGCCGAAUCACGCCGUCGCCGUGGUGGCACCCAAUUUUACGUUUGACGCUUCGUGCGCGCCAUCCAACGCCAAGCCGUACAAGUGGGCACAAAAUUUAGCCGGUUUGAGUUUCCUUCCGCCGUUUCCCGCCCCAAUUCCGGAUACAAUCGAUGCUGGGAAAGUGUCCGCGAAGGCGAAUGCGGAAGAGGUCGUGCGCGCGAUUCGUGAAAAGCUAGACGCUCGAUGA